AUGGCAGACCGCGGAGGCUUCACCAUGUCCGGCAACAAGAACACCAGCGGUACCCAGGCCGGUCGCGUUGGCGAUGGUUCCAACGUUGGAUACGGCUAUGACCAACAGACCGCCACGCCGUCUUCCGGCGGAAAGGGAAACAACAACACCCCUUUCGACAUGUCAGACAAUGAGAACAAAGAUGGCACCCAGGUCGGCGAAGCGGGUCACGGAAGCAAUGUUGGGUUCAGAAAGUCUGUGAAUCACCUGUGA